CUGCGGCCCGGGGCCCCCGCGCCGGGGAGGGAGCCGCCACCACGCCCCGCCCCAGGUCGCCCGCAGGGGCCGCAACGGGAACGGGCUUCGAGGCUGGGCUGGGAACCCAGGGGUGAGCGGAGGGCGCCCCUUGGGGAGCGGCUCCCCUGCACGGGGCGGGGCCUUCCCGGGAGGAGCAGCCUGGCCGGCCGAGGGCCCCAGCAGCCCCGCAGUCUCCCCCUUCUGCUCCUCCGGCGGGACGCGGGGGGCCUCUCCUUUGAGUCGCUCCACCCUCUGAGCCUCUGCGCUCACCCUGUGACGUCAUGCCAGGCCAGCAGGAAAACGAAGAAGAAGGAAGGGGGGGGCCUCCGGGCCCAGAGGGCAUCCUCCAACGUCUUUUCCAACUUUGAGCAGACCCAGAUCCAGGAGUUCAAGGAGGCGUUCACGCUAAUGGAUCAGAACCGAGAUGGCUUCAUUGACAAGGAGGACCUGAAGGACACCUACGCCUCCCUGGGCAAAACCAAUGUCAAGGAUGAGGAGCUGGACGCCAUGCUCAAGGAGGCCUCGGGGCCCAUCAACUUCACCAUGUUCCUGAACAUGUUCGGGGCGAAGCUGACAGGUACGGAUGGCGAGGAGACCAUCCUAAACGCCUUCAAGAUGCUGGAUCCCGACGGCAAAGGCAGCAUCAACAAGGACUACAUCAAGAGGCUGCUGAUGUCGCAGGCAGACAAGAUGACUGCAGAAGAGGUGGACCAGAUGUUCCAGUUUGCCACCAUCGAUGCUGCGGGCAACCUGGACUACAAGGCGCUGAGCUACGUGCUCACCCACGGGGAGGAGAAGGAGGAGUGAGGGGCGUCUCCCCCAUCGCCCCCCAGGCUGCAGCCCGUUCAAUAAACAUGAACCCACAAA